CAACUUAACCAUGAUAAUAAUAGACAAUACCAUAAAUACCCACUCCUGUUUUUCUUAUGUUUAUCAGUGAGUUUUAUGACAGUAUCACGAACGGAAGCUAAGAAUUCCGGGUUCGCCUCCAGGACUGUGAACACACCAAAGUAGCCGUUGGGAUCGAACCUUAUAGUUUCCAGUCAGUAACGGUUCCGUUAAAUGUCAGAAGAUUCGCUUUUGUUCCCGAUUUCUCCAGCUAAACGUUAAAAUGGCCGAAGUUGAUGAAAUAGUGAAGAGGCUCCAGGCUCAAAAAGGAGUGGAAGGAGUCAUCAUCGCUAAUUCUGAGGGAAUCGCCAUCAGGUCCACUCUGGAAGACCAGCACACGGUCCAGUAUGUGGCGUUGAUCCAACCCCUGCUGGUGAAGGCCAAGAAGAUGCUUCUGGAAAUGGAUCCCUCGGACGACUUCACCUACCUGCGGGUCCGCACUGAGAAGAACGAGAUCAUCAUCACUGCAGAUAAGGAAUAUUUCAUGGUUGCGAUCCAGAAGCCUGCACCCUGAAGUUGCUUCUUCUUUUUCAAUCUUUAAUCUUUAUUGAAAGUUUAUAUUUUAUCAUCCACACCAACAAUAUUCAAUGUUUCUUUAAAGAUGGUACAUCUUGUUUGUCCCAGGUUCUUGUUCUAGUUUGCUUUGCAGCGAUUAAUAAAUUUUGCUCCCAGAGGAUUUGUAUUUUUAAGUGUAACUAAGCCCCACCCCCAGACAAAUUUAGAACAAUUCCUGUAAUGUGGGCGGAGCCAAGAUACACUGAGGGGCGUGGUCAAGACGAAAAAAGCACUGUUGCCCAUUUAUCCACUUUGCUCCUAUUUAGCAACUUUUCAGACUCUAAUCCUCUUCUGUUUAUAUUGGAGUUUUUUGUAAUACACUGCCAACUACUGGCCAUGCACUGCAUGUGCAGCAAACGUUUCUCAAAUCCAAGAUGGCUGACAGAUAAAAAAACAUGCUGAGCAUCUCAGGAGUAUCCAGUCAGUCUUUCUAGAGUAGAAGAACUUUGCAGGUAAAAUAAAUACUGGAACAUCAAGUAACAACUCAAGAAUACAUCUAGUCAUAUAUUUUAUAAAUAUCAGCUUUAAAUAUAGAGAAAAAGAUAACUGGUUAUCCAGUAAAUUGGACAUUAUGCAUCACUGGAUAUAUUUCAACAGCCAUUGAUAUCAUUAAUCUGACAAUAGUUCUAUAAGAUGCACCACACAAAAUCUCAUAUUCUACUGCAUAACUUGGAGAUUUUUGGAAGGAAAAAAGUAAAUUGCAGCCAUAAACAUGUAAGUUGGUUGAAGAGCCUAUGAGAUAGUGGAGCAACCGCUUGCCUCCCAGAUGAUGUUCUUCCAGAACUUUCUUUGUAUAUACCUAAGUCCAGUCUAGCAUUUCUAUUAUUUAGAGUGGUUUUCAGUUAAUCGUCAAAAGUUUUUCUGCGUUAUUUUUCUCUUUGCUGUGGUGCGCUGCACUAAAUUAAUAAUCUCCAGGUUUCAUUUUGUUAAUGGGUUUGUUCUACAGUGGCCGUUCAUCUAUGGAGGGGAAGUAAAAGAAUCCUCUUUGUUUUGCAAAGUGUCUGCAAAGUUUCUGGAUGUAAACAGUUAAGUGUAACAUAUCUAUAUGUAAUUCCAAUUAGUCUGAACCACUAGCUGGAAUUAAAGCUCUGCUAUAGCACAAAGCAUAGCGGACCCAUGGCUUCCAGACCAACAAAAAGAAAAUAUGUGAACACUCUUAACCAAUAUGCGAGAAAAAGAACAAAACAUGAACAAAAUGGCUGCUAUUGUGAUUGACCCAUGUUGUACGGAUAAGGGAAAUAUGUCAUAUGUCAAGCUGCCUCUGAUCUCCUACCAUGAUAUAGUUCACACAAAUGGUGAGCUUCGCAGCCUGAAACAAUCAGUGUUUAAAAGUAUUUGUAAAGGACACACAAACUUUUUGUGUGGAUUACAAGGUUCUGCCGACUGGCAGAGCAAGUGUAUAUAGGCUACAUAUCUGUCUUA